GUGGGUAAGAAAAAAAUGUAUCGCAGUUGUGACAAGUACAUCAUCGACAUGAAGAUCUUCCUGGCAGUAGCUGUUAUCGUUUGCGUUGCAUCCGUGCAAUCGGUGCUGGAACCCAACACGAACAUCGACGAUCUGCUGGCUGACAAAUCGAAAGCGGAUCAGUUGGUCGCAUGUGCGUUGGAAAAAGGUCCCUGCACCGACUACGAAAACAAAUGGAAAAGCCAAGUACGCAGAAUCAUCGACACUCACUGCGGCCACUGCUCCGAAAAUGAAAAGAACAACGUAGUCAAAUUCCUGAAAUACUUGAUUGAAAGACGUCCAUCUGACUGGACCGAAUUCGUCAGAAUCCACAACGUCAGCCCAUCCGAGAAGGAACAUUUGGAAGACAUAGCCAAAAGGGGAGUUUAAUAUUCUUCCUUAAUUAAUAAUUGUAACAACAAGUAGCGACCACAGAAUGUCAAUUAAUUUUACGAAAGGCAAUAAACUUAGUUUAAUAAUCA